UGUUGUUGUAACUCCUUUAUCCUUCCCAGCAAACAAGAGAAAAUUGUAACCCACUGCUUCACACAAAAAUGGCCUCAACAACGGCCAUUGCGGCACUGACUCUUCACUGCUUCUCCAAAUCCAACACCCUUUCACCCUUCCGCACCCUCCCUCGCCUCACAUGCUCCUUCUCUUCUUCCAUCAAAUUCAACAUCUCCUUCGCCCCUCCCAACCCCAAGCCCAAACCCAACCCCAAGCCCACUCCCGAGCCCCAAACCGACGCCCCUAACGAGCCCGAUGGCCCGCUCCUCAUCCCGUGGAUCGUCCGCGGCGAGGACGGCAACCUCAGGCUCCAAUCCGAGCCUCCCCCGAGCUUCCUCAAGGCCAUGGCCACGGCCCAAACCGGAACCAAAAAGGACAAGAACCAAACCAAAACCACCGCCACCUCUAAGGCCCAAAAGCCUCGCGCGACGGCGCCGCCGCAGCAUUCCAAGGCGGCGCGGAGGUUCUACAACGAAAACAUCCGGAGCUCCUCCGCCGCGCGCCUCAGCAAGGUUCUCGCCGCUUCCGGAGUUGCGUCGAGGAGAAGCUGUGAAGAGCUUAUCUUCGAAGGGAAAGUUACUGUGAAUGGCUCCGUGUGUAAUACUCCUCAGACUAGAGUUGAUCCUGCGAAGGAUGUUAUCUAUGUCAAUGGAAACCGGCUUCCGAAGAGGCAGCCUAAGAAGGUUUAUCUUGCCUUGAACAAACCGAAAGGGUAUAUAUGCUCAUCUGGGGAGAACGAGUCUAAAUCUGUGAUAAGUCUAUUUGAUGAUUACUUAAAGAAUUGGAGUAAAAAACAUGCAGGAGUACCCUUGCCACGGUUAUUUACUGUAGGGCGCCUUGAUGUUGCUACUACUGGGUUAAUUAUUGUGACUAAUGAUGGAGAUUUUGCUCAAAAGCUUUCACAUCCUUCAUCUAAUUUAGCAAAAGAAUACAUUGCAACAGUUGAUGGUUUAGUUCACAAGAGGCACUUAAUAGCCAUAAGUGAGGGAACAACCAUUGAUGGUGUCCAUUGUGUACCUGAUGUUGUGGAGUUACUUCCACGUCAGCCAGAUAUGCAAAGAGCUCGUCUUCGCAUUGUGGUUCAUGAAGGGAGAAAACAUGAAGUUCGUGAACUUGUAAAAAAUGCUGGACUUGAGAUUCAUUCAUUAAAGCGAGUACGCAUUGGUGGGUUUAGACUUCCACCAGACCUUGGGCUAGGAAAGUAUAUCGAGUUAAAUCCAACGAAUCUAAACGCAUUGGGGUGGAAGAGUUAACAAAGUUGCUUCUUAAAUUAUUUGAGCUAGAAAUAUUCCUCAUUCUUAUUAAAAGAUUAGAACAGCUCUGAAGCUAUUAUGAAAAUGUUGGUGAACACGUUUGAUUUGAGCUGUUGAAUUGUUAUACCUGCUGCAUUGCUUGGAAGAGUUUAUGGAAUAGUGGCAGCGCACACUACUUUAUGGACAUGAAGCCAAUUUGAGGCUAUCGCAAUCAAGUAUCAACAUAUCUUUGUAGUCUAGAACUACUACUACUUAGAAGUGAUAUGACCUUUUCCAAUGAAAGUGAAGCCCGGGGAUUGCUGGUAUGUAAAAUGAUACAAGUUUAGCCAAGAGCGGUCUGUUCAGAUUAGAGGAUAUGUUGACUACCAAGGGAAAAAGUCCCUAAAAUAGAAACUGAAAUUGCAUGGGGAAAAAUUUCUCAAUGUAGCCUUAUUUGCUAUAUUUAAUGCAAAUAGUUUCCUUCAAUGCAUUUUCUGAUUUUCAGUA